AUGGACAUCUUACUCCUCGUCUCUCUCCUCUUCCUUCUCUUCCCCCACGUCUCUGCACUCAAUGCUUGCUCGGCUUCCAACUGUGGUGAAACCAGCUUCCCAAUCCGAUUCCCUUUCUGGUUAGUACUCAACCAACCCGAAAACUGCGGUUUCCCGGGCUUCAACGUGGACCGCAACAGCCACGGGCUAAAAACGCUAAAACUUCCAAAACCCAGAGACAUUUUCGUCCGAGGAAUCAGCUAUGUCACACAAGAAAUCCAACUUUUCAACCCCGAAAACUGCCUCCCUCGAAAGCUCCUUACUCUCAAUCUCUCAGGCUCUCCUUUUAUUGCUCCCAUGCACUAAAACUACACCUUCCUCAGCAAGUCAAGGUUCACUUCCAUUGACUGCCUCAGCAACUCCACCACCUCGGUUCUGGCCACCCCUUCCACCAGCUUGACGGAUUCGAUGUGCACCACUUGCCGGAUUGUUGCCACAUUGGCUGUUCCAGUUUCUGGGCAGGUUCAGACGGGGAUGGAUUCUCAACCACCCUUGACUCGGAUCUUUGUUUUGACUUGGUAUAAGCCUGCUUGCAGUACUUGCGAUGUGUAAGGCGGCAUUUGUGGAUUUCUCAGCAAUGACCAAGAACUUGGUUCCACUUUCAAUUCAACAGCAGGUAAAUUUCCUGAUUCAUAUAUUUGCCUAAUUGCCAUUUCCAAUGGUGAGAGUUCGUUAAGCGUUUCACACUACCGCUUUCUCCUUCUGCACCAUUUCCUGCCCUGUGAUUGCCUGUUCUGCUUGUAUCGAAGACGGCUAAUGCUGCACAGCGAAGGUCCACCGCUGUUGACCGCCACCGCAAGCCCCACCGUUGUAAAAUUGUUUGGAUCAGACAACCAUAGAAUCCUACCAGAUGCUAGUUCUUGGGGAGAGUAGGCGCCUUCCAGGACACAACGAUACCACCUGCGCUAUAUGCUUGUUGGAGUAUCUCACCAAAGAGACGGUGAGAUGCAUACCAGAAUGCAAAAACUGCUUCCAUGCAGAUUGCGUUGAUGGGUGGCUGAAACUGAACAGUUCCUGCCCAGUUUGCCGGAACAACCCGUCCCCAAGUCAAGCCAACUCAACACCCCCAGCUCAUGUAAAAUGCCUACAAUCGAACAUGUAGUUUCGUGGAAA